UUCAAGUGUCAUUGCUAUCCUUUUGCCUUCUCCUUAGUAUCUUCUUUAUUGGUCUCUUUCUCUGCAAAUUCUAUCCAAUCCUUCCUUUUUUGUGUCAUUGGUCGUUAGGGAAUACUCAUCCAUAUACUAGUUUUGUUCGUUGGUUGACAAAUAAAUCUCUUCCAAAUCAAAGCUUGCUAUACACCCACCUAUCUACAAACAUGGAUAAAAGUAGAAAGCAAGCAAUGGGUUCUUCCUCAUCAACCAUGAAUUUCGAUCAUCUCUUUGGCCCCAAGGACUCAUCCUCUACUUCAUCUUCCACCACCAGCAUCUUUGGCUCCAUUUUUUCCCCUUCAUCAUCUGCUGUUGGAGGGAGAGAUUCAAGAACACAAGAUGUGGGAAACAAAAAAUUUGGAGCACCAGGACUUGGAUUCGUUGUAGGAAUUCACCGUAAUAAAGGUGAAAAUAGCAGUGCCAAUUAUCAGAAUGAGACUGUGGAGCCUAUUUACUUCAGCUCUUCGAUCUACUAUGGUGGUCAAGAAAAUUAUUCCCCGAGAAGCAGGACCACUGAACCCCACCAUGUUCUGAAAAAAGAUAAGGAUAAUGAUGAACCCACUGGCAACGAUUCAAACAGCGCUACAAGAGGGAACUGGUGGGAAGGUUCCCUUUAUUAUUAAUAUUACUAUGCCAUGGGAAGAAAAAUUCGUCAUCCUGCAGACCAGUACUAUUGCAGGGUGAAGAUCGACCACUUACACUGCUGUCUACUGUAAUUAACUCUAUGGAAAUAAGUCAUGGUAGAACAUAUAUACUACAAGGCUACUAGUCUUUGGUCUACGUGUUGGGUCCUUUUUGUCCCAAAUAGCCGAUAAGCUAGUCCAUCAUCAACCAAGCUCGGGCUUCACACUUAAGCUAAUCUCCUCAGCAGUGAAACCUCAAACAGUAGCUUGAGGCCAAAACUGCUGCUCCUUGCUUUGUAUUUCAUUAAAAAAGUCUUGUAUUGGUAUCUUAACUUUAGAUUUUUGUUGCGUAAUGAUGUGAUCCUGUUCCAUGUACUCUGUGAUUUGCGGGUCUUCAUCCUCUGUAGACUGUAGUAAAACUUACUGCCAUGACAAGUAAUAAUAACACUUCUUGCUUCCUUUUGAGUGU